ACAAUAUUAUAGUUUUUUUCAAAUUUAAAUUACAUUUUUUGUUUAUGUUUUAAAACAGCAACCUGCAAGUGCGAUAUAAACAAACAUUUUUUUCUUGCUGUGUUAAUAGUAAUAUGAUUAAGAAAGAAGUAGUGUUUUUUCCUAAACCAAUUUUAGAUUCACCUGAAAUUACAGUUGAUCUGGUGGGAUUGACUAAAUUGGUCAAUGAUGUGAGAUAUUAUUUUAUUUUUGCCAACUCUCAAGGAACCCGUGCCGAUUGUUAUAUGCACAAGUUUGGACAUUUUACAAGAACUACUUGCUAUGGAUGUAGUGAAAAUACCAAUCACAAUAUUCUGUGUAUAACUGAAAUCGAUGGAAAUUUAUCUGCUAACUGGUCUUUAAAUCGGCUCAAUAAUUUUGUUAUAAUUUUAUAUGAGCCUUCAGACUUAUGUGACUAUGGGACAAUACUUAAGAACGAAAAUGACAUUAACAGUUUUGUUUGUUUUAUAAUGCUUUCAAAAUGGUUAAGCUACGUGAAAAACACAAAACAAACUAAAAACUGGUCUGAUUUUAAACUAACAAAAUAUAUAGCAAGCUAUGUUUUAAUAUUGUUAAAUGCUCUUGUCAUGAUUUUUGAUCUAAAAAUUUUAAAAGCUACUCUGUUGCGGCUAACAUUGUUUCAAUAUAUGUUGGAUGUCGCAAAAAACUAUGUGUGGGUAAUUGAAAACCUCAUGCAAAAGAAUAAUGUUUCUUCAAAAAUAAAAGUUAUCAACUAUUUAAUAUCUUGCAUAUGGGAUGCAAUUAUUGGAAUAUUUUGUAUUUAUUUUUUCAACACAAUAUUUGAGUCGUCCAACAAUUUUUUUUCCUAUACAUCUAGUAUUUCUUAUCAGGUAAUUAUGGCACUUCAAAGUACCUUACAAUGGCUUAUGGGUAGCCCAGCAGGAUUAAAACUCAACGAUCCGUUGAACAGCUUACUUGGAACAUGCUUCCUUUUUCUAGUGAAUCUUUGGUGGUCUUUUUUAGUUAUAUGUCGGCCUUUUUUGGAAUUCACAUUUCAAGUUUAUAUGUUUAUUGGAAAAUUUGGAUUGUCCUUCCAAAUUGCAAUUCUAGAAGAUGUCUUAGCUAUUGUUAGCUUACACGUGUAUUGGAUUUAUGUGUAUGCAGCUUGGCUGUACAAAUUACAAUGGAAAAGCCUUAUGAUUUUGGCAAAACUAUUUGUUGGUCGUAGCUGUACCCCACAGCCAGGAAGGUCUAUACCUUACACCACUCAACAACUAUAUGUUGGGACAAUUUCUUUUGCUAUAUUACUGUUCCUGUUACCAACCACUUUAAUUUAUUACAUCGUGUUUGUAGUUUUACGAAUAUUAUUGGUCAUGACUAAAGGAGUACUGAUUCGUUUACGAUAUGCAUUGCAAGUAUUACCAAUUUACACAUCACUUAUUUGGUUUUUUAAACCAAAUUCAGCUGCAGGGAUUAUCAAACUCAAUAUUGCUAGUAAGUCAGACUUGUCAAAUACCGUAGUGCUAGAUGCUACAUUAGUAGCAGACUCUUGGUGGGCCACGGUUAAUCAUUAUAUUCCAGAAUCAAUCAAACGACCAUUAACUGUCUCAUGGAUGACACUGCUAGAACGUGUGUGUACGGGUAAAUUAUUGUAUCCGAUAUAAUCUAUAACCAUGUAAAAAAAGACUGAAAUCUAGUUGUAUUUGUAUUAAAAUAAUUAAUGUUAUGUAAAAUUAUUUAAACUAUAUUAUAUAAAUUAUAUUACACAUAAAUAUUUAAAAUAUCUUUUCACGCUACUUCUAUCAAAUUUU